CCCACGGUAGAAUAGUACAAGUGUGUAGUAUUAGUGGUCAUACCUCUUUAUAAAUUAGAGUAAACUAUACUAAUCUCUGAACUUAUUGAAAAAAUGCACUAAUGGUCUCUAAAAUUUUUUUAUAACAUUUUUAGUAUGAUAAGACUAAAUUAACCUUAGGCACCAUUAGUGUGAAUAUUUAAUACUUGAGGACAUAUUGGACCUUUCUAUUCUUCCUUUAAUUUUUUUUAUUUUUUCUUCCAUAAUCAUUUUCUUUUAAAAAAUCAAUUAAACCCUCAUAAAUAAUAUUUGAUGAUUUAUGAUUGCAGAAAUUUAAAUAAGAAACCAAAUGUUUAAAUUAUGCUUUAUUUAUUUUUAUAAUUAAAUUUUUUUGAGAUCAUUGAUGCAUUUUUCAACAAGAUCAGAGACUAUUAGUGUAGUUCCCUCUAUAAAUUAUGGCUAUAUAUGAUCACAAAUUUCGGAGUAGUCUAUUGUUACUUUUGAUACUAUGUAUUGUAAAUCCAUAAUUUUUGUUGAAAUCGUGGCUUAUUUCAAGUCUUCAUUGGCUUCGGGAUUGAUUAAUCCGAGGUGCAUAUAAUAGUGUUAAUUAAUAACUUGACCAAUCAAAGUUUGAUCAUUUUUUGUGACAUUAUUGAUUAGAGUCAAUGAUAGAGACAAACAUUGAGAUAAGAUGAGUAGAAGUGGGAGCUGUGAGAUUGAGCUAUUCUUUUAAUCGGUGGGGUAUGCAUGGAUGUAAUUUAAGAGAAAUGGUUCAAUUCUCAUUCCUAAUUACACGUCUUCUUUCAUACGGUAAGUUACAAUUUCACAUCUUCCUCCUAAAUUCAUGCCACUAACAUAUACUAAUACUCCUACUAUUAUCACAAGGUAAUAAUAUUCAUCCUUUUUUUCCUAUCUAAUUGUACGUCAUUUAUUUUGUUCUUCGCACAUAAAACAAGUUUGUUUUCCUAUUUUCUAGUAUGCAUUAUAUUCUUGCUUUUUAUUACAAUUCAUGAUUUUGUUUUUCCCUAGUUUAAUUUAUAUAGUACUAUGAUAUUCUAUUCUUUAGUUAAUAGUAUUAUUCUAGCAGUACUUUUUCGUUCACAAGAAUUACUGCAUCAACACAAGAUAUCAUCUGCAUUGCACCUAAGCUUGUUUUACAAUGAAUACUAUUUUUCUCUCUUUUUUAUCGAAAUAAAGUAUGCAUACUAUAAUAGUAUUGUUAUGUAAUUGAUAUAAGUUUAAUAUUUCCCAGUUUUUGAUUGCAUGAUUAUUAUUUCCAUUAUAAUAAAUUUGCAGUAUAUUUGCACUUAACUUGUGCGCCAUUACGCAAUUUGCAUUCUGAACACAUAACUUUUGCAUCAAUUACAAAAUCAGUUUGCAUCAAAUAUAAUUUCACAUUUUAUUAAUUUAAAUUAUCGGUUAUACAAUAUUUCCUAGAAUCACGCCAUUAAUCAUUUUUUCCAUAAGGUAAGUUUCUUUUUCCCUAAUUUUCGGUCGGCAUGAUAUUAUUUCCUUGAUUAUAAUUUUUGCUUAAUUUGCAUACGAAUAUAUAUAUUUCGCAUCACAAGGAGAUGCAAAUUACAUCUGCAUAAUAAUCUAAUAAUCAUAUACUGUUUGCAUAAAAAAGUUGCAUAUUAUAUAAAGAAAAAAUUAUAUUGUACUACUCAGAAAAAUAUUGCAUUACAUAUGUUUGAAACAUUAGCUUUGUACACCUAAGGAAAAUACGUCGACGAGAGAGAAAAACUUGAGAAAAAAACCAGUAAUCCAGCAGAGAAAAUCAGCAAAAUCAGCUUUCCGAGAACCCAACCUACACCAAAAAUACGGCCUUUCUAACGUUCAGCAACAUGAUACUCGCUUCGAAAACACAAUCAUCUCUGAAUCAUACUCGAAAUCGUCUCAUUUGAGAAAGAAAACACAAUCAUCUCUGAAUCAUAAGCUUGUACUAUUUGAAAUUAUAUAUUCACCUACCACCUAAUUAAUAAAUGCGAUAAUAGCCCGACCACCUGCUACUUAAUUAAUCCGCCAUAUUCUAUUUUUUUGUCUAACAAUUGUUAUUUCCAUGACUUCAUGUUACCUCUCUUUGAUAUGCAUUUAUUCUCAGGCUGAAGAGAUUCGACGAGUAAGUGAUGAGCAAAUUGAAACAGGUGCAAGGCACAAGUAUCCAAGCGUGACGGUCACUCAGAGAAGAAAAUUCAAGCUCAAGGUUAUGGAGGGUGAAUUCAGUGAUUCGGGAAUUAUUGUGCUGCUCGGAGAAAAUGGAACAGGAAAGACAACCUUCCUACGGAUACUGGCUGGCAUUUUUGAGCCUCGUACAGUAGAAUGUGAUGUGGAAAUUCCCAAGUUCAAUGUCUCUUUCAAGUCACAGAAUGUCGGUAUGACAGCUCAGCUUACCGUGAAAAGUUUGUUGUUUUCAAGAAUUCGUGAUUCGUACAUGGAUCCUCAGUUUGUAUCUGAUGUGAUGAAGCCUCUAUUGAAUAAAAAUUUGAUGGAUAAAAAGCUUCAGGAUCUCUCUAAUGGAGAAUUACAGAGGGUUUCCAUCGUUGCUUGUAUUGGAAAGCCAGCUGAUUUAUAUUUGAUAGAUGAACCAAGCAAAUAUCUAGACGCGGAGCAGAGUAUCAUUCAUUGUUUCGAAAUCAUAAAGAAAUUCAUACAACAAGUGAAGAAGACCGCACUUGUGGAGCAUGAUUUCACCAUGGCAACAUACCUUGCUGAUAGGGUGAUGGUGUUCGAGGGGAAGCCGUCCGUUGAUUGCGUUGCCAAUCCACCUCAAUCAGUAUUGAAAUGGUUUAGUAGUAAGUAUUAUAGCAUGUGUGUCUAUCUCUACACUCACUUGCAAACCUCUCAUAUACAAGCAUUGCUAUUUCCCUAUGCAUUUAUUAUUCCUCAAAGAUAUAGACAUGAGGAUUGAGGAUCACUCUUUAAUUAACUAUGCAUAUUCACUUAUUCGUUUCAUAUAACUUAAAACCAAUAUAUUCAUGAU